UGUCAUGAAGUGUUUGAUUGUGUUACUGUGUGGCCUUAUAGCUGCAUCAGCGGUUAACCUGCCAGGAAUCCCGGUAGAGUUCAACUUGGAGGAUAAGGUGCUUUCGGCCAUCUCUGAUGAUGUAGCUGGACGUUUGGAGCAAGAGUAUUAUACUUUUUUGAAGACAGGAGUAGAAACUCCAGCGUUUCAAAAACUAACACAUCAACUGGCUAAGGCACAUACCAAAAAGGAUAUAUUUACCAAAAAUCUACCCGACUUGGAGACGCGCGAUAGCUUUGUGGUUUGCACACUAUGUCGCUCUGUUGUUAACGUUCUAAUUCGUUCCGUCCGCGAAGAAGGCGGUGAAUUGACUGGCGACAACAAAGCUGCCAUCAUGAAGAAAAUUGCGAUGGACGUGUGCCGCCGCAUGGAGCUCCAAACGGAGGAGGUGUGCGAGGGUCUGAUCGACUCCAAUCUACCAACUGUGGAGUACAUAAUGCGCAAUUCAGAAAUCGAUUCGCAAACCUUUUGCUCCCUCUUCAUGGAGGUUAGCUUCUGCAACACGGGCAAAAACCCAGCCUACAACUGGACAUUGACUGUGAAUGACAAUGGUGUUGAACUAAAUGGCCCCAAAACGGAUACACCGUCUCACAGCGCCAAUGACAUCAAAAUAUGCCAGUUCAGUGAUAUACAUCACGAUCCGCUGUAUGAGCCGGGAAGUCUUGCCGCCUGUGCUGAGCCGAUGUGUUGCCAACGUGGGAAGAACACCACAGAGGGCACCAGCGAUGCUGCAGGAUACUGGGGCGAUUAUCGUGAUUGCGAUUUACCCUGGCAUUCAUUUGAGUCGGCGCUUGAUCACGCAGCCAAAACUGUGGAGUGCAAGUAUAUCUAUCAGACGGGCGAUGUAGUUGAUCACAUGGUCUGGGGAACAUCUGUGAAGAAGAAUACUGAAGUGCUAAGCAAGGUUGCCAAUCAGUUUACCAAAGUGUUUCCCAAAACACAAGUCUAUCCCUGCAUUGGCAACCAUGAGCCACAUCCACUCAAUCUCUUCAGUCCGGAAGGAGUGCCGGAUGAGGUCAAUACCAAGUGGCUGUACGAGCACUUGUACAACGACUGGUCCAAGUGGCUUCCAGCAGAGACCAAGGAGACUAUUUUGAAGGGUGGUUACUAUACAGUCUCGCCAGAGAAGGGUUUCCGCAUCAUUGCGUUGAAUGGCAAUGAUUGCUACACGGACAACUUCUGGCUCUACCACAGCGGCAAUGACAAGAUCCCUCAGCUACAGUGGUUCCACGACACACUGCUGGCCGCCGAAGCUGCCGGUGAACAUGUGCAUGUCCUGAACCACAUACCCUCAGGCUCCGGCACUUGUUGGUCGGUGUGGGCUAGAGAGUAUAACCGCUGUAUUACCCGUUUCCACAAAACAAUCAGUGGCAUAUUCAAUGGCCACUCGCACAAGGAUGAGCUGAAUGUGCACUAUUCGGAGGAAGGCCACGCUACAGCGGUUUCUUGGAAUGGUGGUGCCUUGACCACAUACAGCAACAAGAAUCCCAAUUACAGGGUAUACUCUGUGAAUGCCGAGACUUACGAUGUUACCAACCAUCAGACCUACAUUUACGAGUUGAAUGAAGCUAACAAGAAGCCUAAUGAGCAGCCCAAUUGGUUCCUAGAGUAUGAGUUCACCAAGGAGUUCACUGAAGAUCUGAGUCCCGCCGGCAUUGACAAAUUGCUGGAUGAAUUCGCUGAGAAGCCGGAUCUGAUGCGCAAGUAUUGGCGUUUCAGGGUAACCUCGGCAGAGCCUCAGCUGACGACCGGCUGCGAUCGCAAUUGCUUGGCCAGUUCACUUUGCCGUGCCGCGACCACUGUGAAUAACCAGAAAGAGCGCUGCGAGGAGCUCAAAGAGCGUCUCUUUGAAGCCUUGGACAAGGAGCCCGAAGAUAAAGAUGAUGGGGCGGCAGUACUUAGUGUUUUGAGUAUUAGCUCACUCUUGGCCUUAGCCCUGUCGAUGCGAAUUGGCUUCUAGGGACUUUAGCUCUAAUAUACUAAUAAUAAGUUAUAUAAUCGCACAUACCAUUUUCUUAGUAUCAUGAUAAAGUACAAAAUCCAAAAUAUAUUCACAUACUCACA